AUGCGCCGCUCGAUGCCAGCGCGUGGGCACGCGACCGCACCCACCUUUGACUCUAGCGAGCCGCGGAACCUCCGCCGGUUCUUCCAGGACCUCGAGACACUUUUCGAGAUCACGGGCGUAACGGACCCAAAGCAGCAGAAGAAAUGGGUCACGCGGUACGUGCCGAUCAAGGAGGCGGAGUUCUACGAGGAGAUGGUGGAAUUCAAGGAUGAGACGAAGUCCUUCGAGGAGUUCCGCUCCGCAAUCUACGCAGCGCACCCUGGGGCCAGCGAAACGCGGAAGUUCUCUAACGCGGAAGUUGACCAGUUGGUGGAGAGCCGUAGUAGGGCGCCGAUCACAACCAGCAGCGAGCUUGGCGAGUUCUAUAGGCCGUUCUAUGCGAUGACGUCCUACCUGAUCCAGCAAAACAAGAUGUCCGCGUUCGAACAGUCAAGACUGUUCGUACGAGGACUCUGCAACCCGCUCCGCGACCAGGUCUCACAGCGACUGCAACUCAAGGACCCUGACCACCACCUGGACGAGGCCUACGAGCUGGCCAAAGUCUACGAAGCGGCGAAGUUCAUUCUGCACGGAACGACGGCCGCGUCGUAUCAGGUGACGCCAGCCGUUCCCCAGACCGCGGUGCCUGCGGAAAAUACGAGCAUUAAGGUGGAGGACCUCGCACCGCUCUUUCGCCUCCUCGCGCAAGGUGGCAACAACGCAAACGCCGCCGCGACUGCGAACCGCUUUCUAGGGCCCCCGAACGCCGGCUUUCAGCAGGGAGGGAACGGUUUCGCGACGAACGCGCUGCCCAACGGCUUCUGUCACUUCUGCGGGGACGCGAACCACAUGCUGCGGAACUGCCCAGCUGCGGAAACCGAUAUCCGCGAAGGGAAGUGUUCGCGAAACCCGGAAGGUCUAAUUGUGCUUCCCACUGGCCAAUUCCUUCCGCGGCAGCUCCCUGGAUUCGAUGGUUUGACUAUGCGCGAUCGGCUCUAUGAAUGGCAUCGGCGA